GGGGCGGUUGCCACGGCCGAGCGAGGGUGAGCAAGGCCCGCGCUGACUGGAGGAGCGCGGCCCGCAGCAAAUCCGCCGUGGCCUUGUUUCCAGGCGGGUCGCGAGGGCGAAGCGUCCGGCGCGGCGAGGAAGCGGCUGUGAGGCGGUGGUUGGAGCCGUUUACAUCAGUCCCGUCCUGAUGGCGUUCCUGUUCAGGAGAGGCCAGAGGGGCCCCUUCAAACAUAUAGCUCAUGGCCUGGUCCCUGCUGCUACCAUAGCUCCUAAACCUGCAGUUCCCCGCACCCCUCCCCCUCGUAGUCCAAACCCUUCUCCAGAAAGACCCAGGUCUGCUCUAGCAGCAGCAAUCCUUGCAACAACACUAACAGGGCGCACUGUUGCUAUUCCUCAGCCUCGGCAGAGAUCCCUUUCUGAAACAGAUUCCACCUUCUUGGAGCAAGAAUGUUUGGAACCAUAUGCAGCAGUCACAGAGCUCAGAAUAGGCUCUAACUGGAAACUUGAUGGUUGUGACAGGUCUCCUCUGCAGUCCCUGGAAAUAACAGGCAGUUAUGGUGAAGAAGAGGACAUGGAUACAUAUCUUUCAGAUGCUGAUAAAGAGGCAGAGUCCAGCUGUAAGAGUAAUGAGAAAGAGGAAGGAAGCUUUAGCACCAAUGCUAUUUAUGCUGUUCCCUGCAAAACUAAAAAGGAGGAGUUUCCACCAUCUCCUAUCCCUAAUGCUGACAAGGAAGUUUCUUCCCUUGAAACUGAGUGUCAGGUGGUGGUGGAUAAGUCAAGUGUGCAAAUAGAAGGAGACCAAAAUCUGGGCUUGAAUUUAAAGGAGGAAAAAUUAGUAGCUGAAAAACUGAUACAUGACAAACCUCCACCAUCCCCAGAUGUGUCUGUUCGGGCAAGGCAAGUAUGGGAAAAUAUAAGCAAAGAAAAGUUCAGAGAACUACAACAAGAAAACUGGUCUCUGAACAGGACAUACCAAGCUCUGCUCCAGCAAUAUAAGGGAACAAAGCAGUGCAUGGAAGAACAGCAAUUAAAGCUGAAGACACUGGAAGAAGAAAACAAAAGACUUAAAGAAGCUGCAGAGAACUCACCUAGAGGAGAGGAGGCAGCAGAAUUACUUUCUCUCAGACAACAAGCACAGGAACUGGUAGAUGAAAAUGAUGCUUUGAAAAUGGUGGUCCAUCGUUUAAAUGUAGAAUUAAGUCGCUAUCAAACUAAAUUCAGGUCGUUAUCCCAAGAAGAGAAUGCAAAGCUGAAAAGCUUACCCAUGAAAGGACCACGACCACCAUGGCUGGUGGACAUGAAGUAUUUGUCACCUCUUCUCUUGGCAUAUGAAGAUAGAAUAAGAGAAAAGGAAGAAUUUAUUCUUGAACAUGAGGAGGAUAUGAAGAAUUUUAAAGCACGAGUUGAAGAGUUGGUGAAGGAGAAUGAAGAUUUGCAUGAACAAUUAAAUAACUUUGUUACCCCUACAGAAUGGCAACUGCUGCAAACUCAGGCCAAGCUGGUCUUGGAAGAAAAUGGAGUGUUGAUGGAGCAACUCAAAAUUCAACAAGCAAAAGCAAAAGAUAGUCACAGACAGCAUGUUCAAGAAGCUCUAAAGUUGGCCAAACAAAUAGUAGUCUUAGAAGAGAAGAAAAAGAGUAAAGAGGAAGAAAUAACAGAGUACCAGAAGCAGCUAGAAGCUUUGUGUUCUACAUGUGAAGAGCUGAAAGCCAAAAUGGACAGCAGAAUAACAGCAGAGGAGUACUUGGCUGUGGUGGAUGAUUUAAAAAGCUGUUUACAGCAGGAGCAGAAGAAGUGCUGUGGGUUGGAAGCUGUAAUGGGAAGGGUAGCAUCACUGCAAACUGAAAACAAGAAACUGCUCUUAGAGAAAAAUAACUUCAUGGCUGACAAGAAGAUCCUGGAAACUGAGAUGCAGAGGACUGAAAAGACAAACAGACGAUUAAAGAAGAAAAUAAGUCUUUUGCAACUGCAGCUGGAGGAAGCAAUGGAAAAAGAAGUCACAGCCUAUCACUAUCUAGCAAACCUUAUUGGGCUGGUGGAGAAGACAGCUAAGGAACGUGAUCAUCUGGUAUUUUUGGCCAGAUGUUUGGAAAAUGAGAAUCAUGGUGUUCUCAAGAAAAUUGUAGAAGGCAGUCUGCGCUUAGGAAGAUUGGAAGAAAAAGUUAAGGUAUAUAAAAAGAAAGCAGCUGAGAAGCUUGGAGAUCUUAGUCUCAAGAUGACUGAGCAGGAGAAAGAAUUUGAAAGGAAGACUCUUCAGUAUGAGGAAGAAAAGAAGCACCUGAGGUGUCUGCUGCAAGACAAACAGGAAAUCCUCAAUGAAGUGCUGCAGCAAAACAGGAAAACAGAAGGGGUUCUUGAAAUCAUGUGGGAAUCCACAGCAAUAGAAAACAGGAGAAUGAGAGAAGUCUUACAGAAAUCCCUGAGGAAGAACAACGCCUGGAGUGCUGUCACAGUUCAUGAACCACACUCUCAGAAGGAUCUUGUUUAUGGACAUGAUUUUAGCUAUUGUGAUGUGAAAACUUCAUCCCCUACUGAAAUGAAAUUCAGCAAUAAUGUCAGUGAUAAGAAUCUGCAUCUCAUCCAAGAAAGAAAACUUGGUGCCUGAAUUUGACUUUUUCAGCAGCACAAGGUGUAAUGGAAUGUUUACUGUCUUCAAUAUUAGUGUACUUUUAAGGUCAUCAAAAUGACAGCAGCACAUUCUCUACUUGUACUGUGAAUAAUGUAAAUCUAGCCUAAAAUAUUACUUUGUUAUUUGAAGCAAAGGCUAUUCAUUCUUAAGACAAAAUGUGGUACAACCUUAAGAUAACAUGUAAAGACAAGUAACUAGUUAAGAGGAGAAGCAGCUGGUAAGCUUGGUGUUCAGCACAGACACACACCAUGCCACAAAACCAGUGAGCAGCAAGACAAUGCUUGUUAAAAUUAAAAGGACAAAUUUCAGUAAAUUGUCCCUAAAAUGCCAGAUGGAGUAUGAUCCAAAAAAAUGUGGCUUGUACUUUUUCUCAUGAGGAAGCAUCUUGACUUCCUAAGAUGCAAGGAUGUCCUUAUACUACAUGGUGUGCCAAAUAUCUUGUCAUCUCAAGGACAGAGAAAAAUUUGACUGUGAAGCAGACAAGACUGAAACAUCCUCAUGACAACUGCUGGUGCCUGAAUGCACAACUGUCCAGUGUGUAGAUUUACAGGAUGCCUGUUGGGAAGCUCCUACUAUGGGUUUGCCAAGGGGAGGAGCUGCCAGCACAGGAUGCAGCUCUCCUCCAGAUUGUUUUGUUCAUCCUGCUUCAGACUCAGUGGCUUCAAAAGCCACCCAGAGUAUUCUCUAAAGCAUGCUUAUUGUAUAUGCCUUUAGACUAUUGACCUGUAUUUGUCUUAGCUUUCAGAUAUGUUGAUUUUUCACAAUAUUGCAUAUCAACUUUCUAGUAGUAUGCAUUACUGUGAUAUGGCUUUAUUUUGGAUUUACAUAUAACUUGCUGGAUGAGCUUUUUGGUUUUGCUUCAUUUUCAUAACAAAACACAAAUGGUACCAGAAAACUGUAACAAUACAAAAAACAUGUAACUAUCAUAGUUGUGUAGCAUUAGAAAUCCUACAGCAUUUUCCUUCAUGGUAAGGCCAUGACUCAGAAGAAUGGCUUUGUUCAGAAGAGGGUGGGGACAGCACUUCCUAUCACACCAUGAUGUUCAGGGACAGGCAGAUGUACAGCUUUCAAGGACAGGUCCUGCAGUACUGUGCAAAGCUAAGAAAUGUACAGACUUCCAGAGCCCUGUCAGAACCUCAGUGCACUCAGAUACUGCCCUGAUUAUAGGAAAGCACCAAAGUAGGUGAGUCACACAUGCAGGCAAGAUUUUAGGAUGUACUUUAAUUACUUUUCUAUAACAGGAAUUACAGGAGUGCAACACUCUGACCAGUUCAUAAAGAUAAAACUUAAGCAUGCCAGAGUCUUUUAGACACUGAUUAACAGAACUACUCUCUAACAGCACAUUAUCUUUUGGUCUCUGCCCAGAGACUUAACAAGAGCUACACCUUUGAAUCCUUUCACUCUCCUGGCUUUUUCAACUUGAUUAUUUUAGGACUCCAUGCCUCAGCAUAACAACCAGAAGCUAUUUUUAAGCAGUCUUAAAUAACGUCAUUAAUAUGUGAAAUUGUCAUGGGGAUGGUCUAUCACUAAAGCAGUCCUGUCCCCUAUGUUCCUUGAAUUUGAAAAAAAAAAUAAUUUGAAAUGUCAGGCCUGAAAUACCUCUUCAAAUCAGUUAGACAGGCAUACACACUCCUCUUGUUUCCACACAAGCUCCAAUCUGCAGGUGUGCAGACUCUGGAAGAGCAUGGAACAUGGCCAUACCCUCAGAUUUUCACCUUUUUAAAGGCAAGUUUGGAAAAUGAAGUCCUUCAUGUCAUAUGUUUUAAUAUAAAUAUUUCUGAAUAUGCAAAUACCAGCUCAGAACUGAUUCAUUAUUUACAAGAUUACCCUCAUCUGGGUUUAAUUGCCCUUUUGAGUAUGUUUUAAGAGUUUGUAAAAAUCAGCUUCACAAGGAAAAGCUAUUGUAUUGGUAAUUCCUUAGAAACAGAAGCAAGAUUUUCAAAACUCUGAAUUUUGGCCUAACUGUUCUUCCACUGAAGUGACCUGACAAUGUCUUAGAACUGUACUUUUGCCACACCUGCUGCCCAUUUUCACAGCUCUUGUUUUAGAGUAGGUUUUAAUACAUGGUUCAAAGGGCAGCACCUUGACAGUGGCACUCUUAAGGCUUUGUUCAGAAAUGCUAUACUUUGCCAUUCGCAUGUCAUUGAAAUAUGACAUUAAACUUUAAAUAAACUAACAUUUAAUCAAAUCCCUGGCUGAUUCUCCAUACUCAGUUUCCCCAGGAAGAAAACUGAGAAAAAGUUACGUCCUGUGGAUGAAAAAGUCUUUCUGUGGCUCAGGAACACUUUUUUGGCAUAAAAAUCCUGUUAUAGGCUAUUUUAAGUAACACGUGAACAUAUUUUAAGUACAUAUGAACCCAUUUGACAUACUUGGACAGUAAAAUACUGGAAUUGUUUCAGAUCAGCAAAAAUAAACCCAUUUGCAAGUGUG